CCAGAUAACAGCCUGAACAGUUGGAUCAAGUAGCAGCUUGUUCAACACCGCAACCUGAUGGACACCAGAACACUCUAACGGUUUCCUCCGCGACGCAGGGAGACACUCUUUGGUUUGUACAGGCUGAUCAGCUGACUGGAGUUGGCGCUGAAAGUUACAGUGGAUGGUUGGUAGUAUGUAAAAACCUCUUGUAAGGCAGAAUCGCUAAAGAGGAAGGCUGUGUGGAGACAAGGGAGGGACGCAGCUUUCCGUUAAUUCAGUCCCAGGGCACAGCGGCGGCAGACGGCACCAUGAGCACCCCGCUUUACGCACCAACUCCCAUCCAGCCGGCUCACCCGACCCCCUUCUACAUUGAGGACAUUCUGGGGAGGAGUGCCUCGACCACCUUCUCUCCCUCCUCUUCUUCAUCCUCCGCCUCUUCAUCCUCCUCCUGCCCCGCGCCAGUUAUCCCCACGCCGACCCUCGCGUCGCCCAACUCUUCCUUCACGAGCCUCAUCUCACCGUACCGGACACCGAUUUACGAACCCACGCCGAUCCACCCGGCGCUGUCGCACCACGCCGCCUCAACGCUAACGGCGACAUACGCCGCCACCGGGGCUUUCGCCAGCCCCAUCUACCCGUUCCACCAGCACCACCGCUCCAUGGGGGAGUACGCACAGGCGCUGCUGAGGCGCGAUCCUCUCGGGAAGCCUCUGCUGUGGACCCCUUUCAUCCAGCGGCCGUUACAUAAAAGAAAGGGCGGACAGGUCCGGUUCUCUAACGACCAGACCAUCGAGCUGGAGAAGAAGUUUGAGACGCAGAAAUACCUCUCUCCUCCGGAGAGGAAACGACUGGCCAAGAUGCUGCAGCUCAGCGAGAGACAGGUUAAAACCUGGUUCCAAAAUCGACGAGCGAAGUGGCGAAGACUGAAACAGGAGAAUCCUCAGGGAGGGAAGAGGGAGGUGGAGGACGACAGGAGUAAUAAAGAAGACGAAACGACUGGGAUCCAGAGUCCGGAGCAGAGACACACGGUCCUGGCCUCUGAGCCGGCGCAGACGGGUCCUACCUGUGUGAGCUCCGUGUCCCCCCAGCGGCCCCGUACGGAGCUUGACUCUGACGUGUCAGACGACUCGGACCAAGAGCUGGAUAUAGAGGACGACGACCAAUUCACACGGAACCCGCAGUUCUGAACCACAGGCUCCACUCGGACAUUCGGAGCUGAAUGAUGAAGACCGUUGAUUCUUCUGACACUUGAACCUGUUCCCCCAACCCCCUCACUCAGACAGGUGGUCCUGGUGUAACGUUUAUGUUCAGCUCGAUAAACAGAACGUUUCACCAUCCUCAGCGUCCUUAACCCACGGCUCUCUUUUUUCUUAUUGUAUAUAAACAUAAUAUUCUGCUGUAUUUGUGACCAUUAGCCUAUUACUGUUUUAUUUCAACCACUGUAAAUGAGUAAUCGACUUAUAGAUGAGUUUCUCUGCUGUCUGUCGUUUUACACGAUAAACGCUCUUAAAUCUUUUGCCAUAAAUUGGGAUAUUCCAUUAAAUAAUUAAUACAAAGCUGAUUCUGAUUUGUUUGGUAUAGAUAGAUACUAACUUUGUGAUAAGAAUUCAUUUUGCAGCUUUGGAUGGAGCUGCAUCAGCUGGAAUUUGAUUAUUUUGUAAUUUGUAAAAUUGUACAGAGAAAAAGGAAAUCUGUAAAUGACAUACAUACAUUUAUGUUUUCAAUUAUAGGCCAUUUAUUACUCGGCAAAGAAUUAAAAUGACCAAAUAAAAACCAAUCAAUAAACCAAAAAUAAAUAUAAUCAUUAAAAUGAAAAAAAUAGAACAAACGGGGUUUUAGUCUUAGUAUAUCCAGGCCUGAUCAUGGUCAGUAAUAAAACUAAUUUGAUACACGGUUAUUACAUUGUUGUUGAUAAUAAUGUUAGAUAUAUUAAAAUGUCGUAUUUCUUAUUGUUGCCAACGUUUCUAUGAGAUUGAAACAUGUGUUGUGGACACUAUUUUUUAUAUUUCCCAAAGUUCAGCCGGACACAUUUGACUUGACAUUUUUGUAAAGUGGGAUUGAACAUUUUUGCAGUGUUACCUUUAUGAGUGUGACUGAAUUAUAAUUAUAAUCAUAAAUAAUUUGAUUUUUUGCUUGAAUUCAGUAAAAGUAUUUCUCACA